AUGGGCUCCGUGGUGGAUACCACAACGUUCAGCAAAGACCAGCUGUUAAAAUAUUUCGAUCACAUCAAGCUGCCUCAAAAAUACCGACAGGACGAUGUGCCUCGCGACCUUUCGCUAUUGACCGCCUUGCAUAUCCACCAGAUCGCUGCCAUCCCCUACGAGAACUUGCUCUUGCAUUAUUCACAACACAAGACCGUCGAUCUGAACCCUCAAACACUCUUCACAAAGUUCAUUGAAAAUGGGCGCAACCGUGGCGGGUAUUGCAUGGAGGGAUCGCUCUUCUUCAUGCACAUCCUGCGCAGCCUGGGCUUCGAGGUAUACCCUACUGGGGUAAGGAUCCGGCUCCGGGAGGACGGGAUACCGAAAGGCGACUUUGUGGGCAUGACGCAUAUGGUCCUUGUCAUCGAGUUUCCGGGCGGUGAGGAGUGCGAAAAGUAUAUCUGUGACGUCGCAUUCGGCGGUGAUGGCCCGACUGCGCCGAUGCCGUUGAAGGCCGGGCCAAUUACCAAGAACCUCGGGUCACAAGAGGUCCGCUUCGUGCGCGAGCGCGUCCAGGGAUCAGUCAGGCACGAGUUCUGGGUUUAUCAGUACCGGAACUCAGCCACCAAGCCGUGGAACUCGUUCUAUGCGUUCAACGACACGGAGUUCCUUGAGGUUGAUUUCAACGUGAUCAACUUUUUUACUAGCAAGUCAGGGAGCUUCCAAAACUUCACCAUCAUGCUCGUAAAGUUCUUACUAGGCCAAGACGAGCAGACGGGAGAGGGCAAGAUCGCUGGCAAGGUAAUGCUGGUCAACGGGACUGUCAAGCGGAACAUGGGCGGGAAGACGGAGAUCGUUCAGGCAUGCACUACUGAGGCUGAGCGGGUGAGAGCACUCAAAACCUGGUUUGGGAUCACCUUGACGGAUGAAGAAGUUGCCGGAAUUCAGGGAUCUGCGACUGAGCUGAAAGAGGUUGAAGUCAUAGCUGCAUGA